GUGAAGAGUCACAUCUACGACGUUAGCAAUGAAAAGUAAAAUAGUGAAUUCACGAGAAAUAUUAUUCUUUCUGCUUAUUUGUACAAUUCUUAUUGUACCACAUGGCUGUUCUCCACUUGUAAAAGUUCAAGUAUGUGGACACGAUUUGUAUACAAUGCUGGUUAACGCCUGUUUGUCAACAUUGAUAUCAUGGCGUCUUACAGAAUAUCGUGCAUACUAUGACGACUUUUUUUCAACAGGAGCAGGAUCCGAACUCGUAGAUUUGUGUUGCGAGAACAAAUGCGAAGAAUCGGUAUUCCAAGAUGAUCGGAAGUGUGAACUCCUCAUUCCUGUUGAUGUUAGCAUUGAUUUUUCAAGACCUUUCCUUUAUUGAGAAGGUUGUAAAGGAAAACCGUCGUAAAGCCAGAUGACCAUUUUUUCGUAAGCUCAAUGUCGUAAAUUAAAGUUUUGUUCCGAGAUCAGUUUGAAUUCCAUAAUAGCACACGAG